ACCACCCCACUCUCCGCAAACCUGUCACUAAUUGCUUGGCGGGAAGUUAUUAAUACAUUCUUUGCGGACAAUGUCGGGCACGAUUCGCCCUCCAGGUGCGUUCCCUUCAGUUACAUAAGUUGAAGAGGUGUGCGAAGCAUCAAUCGGAGUUGUGCGCGCGCCCUGCCACCACGAAGAACUCGAACCAUCAUCAUCAAGGUUAUGUUUAUACUGCUUAACACUCCGGCUGGGUUGCUGGCUGCAAGCAGAUCAUAGGGAACACCGUGUAACAGAAAGAGAUAUAGAGAGUGAUUUGUUGGAGCAAGUGAGUGAGGUGUAGUAGUCGUCGUCAUCGAAGAUAAAGCUGCGAGUUUGGUUUCGCGCACACCGAUUCGUCGGCUUCCGAGAUCGGUCCCGCCACUAAAGCCAGCCCAGCCGCCUGGGACAAAAAGGAACCAAACACCAUCCACCGUUUAUGGUGGGAAAACGAGGGCGGGAAAAUAAAGGCGCGCUAAAGAAGAGGAAGAAGUACACACAUACACAGGAUUUCACCAGAUUUUCCCGCGUUUUAAAGGCGUUGUCUGUCUGCGAGGUGGUAGUCACCACAGUCGCGCUCCAGUUGUGCCCAUAGGCAGCGAGAGAGCGACGCAAAACCAUGGCGAAGAUGGGCAUCCCCGAGGACCCCGAGGAUUCUCUCUUCAGGAAGCAACAAAAGCUAUGCAAGGAUUUGAACCUCGACGAAAAGACGGCUUCGCAAGCAUGGGAAGAUUACCGAAAUAUCAGUAGCCAAUUCACACUAGAAGGUGAUGAUAUGCACUGGCUCGGUUGCAGCAUCUAUGUAGCUUGCAGAUUAUGCUCCACUCAGACUGUCUCUAAAAGCAUAGUCCAAGGAAAUCCAGUUAGUCUAACAAGCUUGCUCAGAUCAUGCAACCUAAGUCUACAGCAAUUCUUUAAUAAAAUCAUGAAGUGGGCUGAUAUGGCUGAUAUGCCAGAGGAUGAUGUGUUCAGGACUAACAUUAAAAUGUUAGAAAGGAACUUCAGUGUAACAUGCAAUAUCUAUAAGGAAUUCUACCCAAUGUUUACCAAGAUAUUCAAGACGCCUGACAUGGAGCCAACAAAGCACAGGAACAGGAAGCAAAAGGCGCCGCUUUGCACGCCAUUGAAGAUCUUCGAAUUCACUUGGCUCCUCUUCAUCACUGUUAAAGGAAAACACAAACAGUGCAACAACGAUCUGGUGAAAUCUUUGCAUUUCAUUUUAGCAUGUUGUGAUCUGGCUUUCAAAAACGCUUUCCUCUCGGAUAGAAGAGAUCUGCUGAAUCCGGCAUUCGAAGGAUUGCCGUCUGAUUGGAAUUUUCCGGGGUACAGAGUGCCGCAGAAGGCGCCUUGCGUUAUUGAGAAACUUUGGAAGCAGCUGACUUUGGCGGACGCCGAAUACGACAAGAAAUAUAAUUUCAACAAGUACAUCAAGGAGAUGUUCCAUGACGGCACGUUGCAAGGUGACGGUGACGCAUUCACGGGUCUCUUUGAUCCCGAGAACUUCGAAUCCAACUUGAAUUGCAUCACAAAACUGUACGAACAGCGAAUCCUCAACGAAGGAGAUUUCGACGAGAAAAUAUUCCUGGGUGAAUACCAUAGACAAAGCAUUAUGAAGAAGUGUCCACAAACUCCGUUGACUGGUAAAAAAUAUUUGGGUCCCAAAGAACAAAAUGAUAUGUCUGUUCUAAGCUUGGUGACUCAGAGUAUUGCGCACCUCCAAACAAUGUUGGCCGGCAGCAAAGCGGAACCUUCCGAGAAUCUAUUGACUAUAUUCCAGAAUAGUCAAUGCAAUGUUACUAUCAUCACUGAGGUGAUAACGCGUAUGGGCGCGACAUUCCUGGAGAAGUUUUCUAAGCAAAACAACGACCAGGAUAAUGUACAGGAUCAGCGCAAGUUACACCUAGCCACAGUGUUGUUCUACAAGAUGUUGGAGAAUAUUCUCGUCAACGAAAUGAAGAUCAAUGAGAAUCAAGAUCUUGGUGUGUUAUUGAAGAAGACAAUCUUCUUUGAAAGUCUGUUUCCGUGUUGCUUGGAGAUCGUGAUACACUCGUAUAAAUCGGAGAAGGAGUUUCCGUGGAUUUUAAAAGCAUUGGACGUGCCUGCAAUGAAAUUCCUUGUUGUCAUCGAGUUGAUUGUAAGAUCACAGGAUCAAUUUUAUAGGGACACUGUGAAGCAUCUUAGCUACGUAGAAGAAACGAUAUUAGAAUCGCUCAUCUGGCAACCUGACAGCUCGCUGUGGACUGCACUAAAAACGUGGGACAAAAAAAUACCUAAAUUCGAGGAGAUCGCUUUACCCGGUAACGUUGUCUACAACAACUCAUCUAACAACACAACACCUAGGAGGGCUCUAUUUUCAACAGGUCCUACGAAUUCGCCGGGUCCAUCAGCCAUUGAUUCGUUUCAAUCGCCGGUGUCCAUCAAGAAGGCCAUCAAACCUGGCCAAUCGCUCUUGCAAACCAGCCGACACAUACCAACACACUUGAUGGUCACCUAUAAUGAUGGCAUCAAAACGUUGAUACCCAUCGACCAGACCACGAUCUUGCCACCGGUACAGAACACCGAACCACCGCCACCUAAAAAGUGCGGCAGCUUAGGAAUUAUAUUCAGAAAGUUUUAUAAUUUGGCUGGAGUACGAAUGGAUUUUCUUUGCAACAAAAUGGGCAUCACUGACGAUGAUUUGAGGAAAAAAAUUUGGACUGUAUUCGAGCACUCGAUUAGGGAGCAAACGGAACUGUUGAAGGGAAGACAUUUAGAUCAAUUGCUGAUGUGCGCCGUUUAUGUUAUUUGCAAAUUGACUGGAAAUAAUCAUAAUAACUUCGCUGAGAUUAUGAAAUGUUACAAGGUGCAGCCACAGGCUAGCAGCGCUAUCUAUAGAAACGUAUUUAUUAAGACGGAAAACGAUUCUGAGAAGAAGGGUAGUUUAAUCGACUUUUACAAUUGGAUUUACACGCCUAAGAUGAAGAAUUACGUGCUGAAGUUCUCAAAUGAAAGGAAUAAAAACAAGGAAAAGGAUAUGGAAAAGCAGUUGGAGGAUCCUCAAUUAAGUCCAUUGCCGUUGGUCACGUCCCUUAUAGCGUCUCCGCGACACCAAAUUAUAAAAAAUGUUUUCGUCAAACCAUUCGAAAGCCCGAAUAACGGCACGAACGGUAGCAGUUAUAGUUACUCGUUCAGCCGUAGUUCAUCCAAGGAUUUAAAAGAUAUUAACAAGGCAAUAAGCUGUGGUCCAACGAGGAAGAGGUUGUUGGAAGAUGGCGACGGCGACAUAUCUAAUAAGAGGUAUGCGAACAGGAAGAUGCAAGCAUUGAUAGCUGAAAGGAGUGUGCAAACUAACUAAGAUUACAAAGAGUUUUUAUUUCUGUAUAUACAGUGAUAUUAUUGUAAUAUUAUGAAGAAGAAAAGUAUACAUAUAGCAAAUUUAUAUAUUUAACAAAAUGAAAGAAAGAAUUUACACGUCCUGUGGUCGGGGUUUCGUACGCAUAAAAAAAAGAAAAGGUAUCGAUGAAGAGAAGAGGAAACGUACGGUUUUAUUUAUUAUUAAUUGACAUAAAUCAAGCUUCUAUUACAAUUAUCUCAGAAGUCCAAAAACUAAUUUUGUAAGACUCUUGAGAUUGUUACUUUUUUUGUUCGCCAAGUCCGCUAUUGUUUGGUUGCAACGAUUUUUGUUGAUCGGUUUUUUUUUGUGGAUGGCGGUAGGGUUUAUUAAUACACUUCUACAACUUGUUCUUUUUUUUUUCUCUUUUGAAAUUAGUUGAUCUCACGUUAGUUCUAGACAUAGGAUAAAAUUUUCAUU